CACCGGGUGGCCCUCUGUAGGCGCAAAUCACUUUCCCCCGGUUGCACUCCAUCCAUGACCUCGUGCUUCAACUUCCCUCUUACGGUUGCUCUCCACCAAACACCCCUUCUCUUUUCGAACAGCGAACAGCCUUUCCUCCCUCUCUCCCAUCUUUGCCCAUCUCUGCCCAACUCUCCUCUCCUCUUCGGCCUUCAAAACCAGUCCACUUGCCUUGUAAUCUCUGUUCUUCGAGAUCACUGUGGGCGGCGCAAAAUCACCGGCUUCAAGCCCCCAUUCAGUUCAGCUUGUCACGGCUUAGGUGUUGAUGAGCUUGUCCCAUUUUUCUCCCCUUACCACUAGCGCCAUUUCUGCCAAAGAGACCCUCUUAUCUGUUCUCUUCUUGAUAGAAGCGGCCCCUUCUUAUCUUUCAACAUGUUCAAUGCAACUCAGCACCGUGGCAAUCCCAACUUGGGGCCGGCGCCUCCUGGACCGCCGAACCAUCGAUUGAACGAGAUCUUCGACUCGUUGCGAGCAGAAUUCGAAAAUCAAAGCCGCGCUAGUGAGCAGGUCGAGAAUCAAGUCGCUCAGCAAAUACAAGAGAUGGAAUUGAUCCGAAACAAGGUCUAUCAGCUGGAGCAGAAUCAAUUGAAGAUGAAGCAAGACUAUGAGGCUGAAAUUCGAAUGCUACGACACGAGCUCGAACUGCGAGGUGGCUCCCAGGUCCAGUCUCAUAUCGGCGCUCCCUCUCAACACAGCGGUCCUGCCCAAGCUCCUCCCUCACUCGGUCACGGUCAGGGCGGCCUCUUCAGUGGCAUAAUGUCCAACCAAGGUCAAGGUGGCCCCGCCCUAGCGCCACCCCCGGAGCAAGCAGCUCCCCAACAACAUCCCCUACAACCGCCUCCAGUGACCGGCCAAACCCAAGGUCCACCGCAACCUCCAAAUGCAUUCCCUGGGUACCAGCAAGGUCCGGCUCUGAAUGGUUAUGGCCCGCCAGGGCAGCCUCCCACAAAUUCCCCGGGACUGGGUAAGAAUCGCAACAUGACCACGCGAGGCGGUCCCGGACCAGCUACUCCUCAACAACACCCGGGUCAGCCGCAGCCAAUGCCAUACCAGAAUGACCCGCGGGCUUCACCACAAAUCCCUCGACCAACUCCUCCGGGAAACGAGAUGCAACUGGGGCCUCGUCAUCAGAUGCCAGGCCAGGGACAAUAUCCCAACGUGGGGAACGUCCUUGCAGACCUCAACCCGGAUGACCUGCCGGACCACCUGAAGCGAAUGGGUGCCAAUGGCGAGUGGCAUGCUGUCUUCAAUCCGAAUGUGCCUCGCGUGCUGGACGUUACGCUCCUGCAUAAUCUUGUCCACGAGUCCGUGGUCUGCUGUGUUCGUUUCUCGAACGACGGCAAGUAUGUCGCCACAGGCUGCAAUCGCAGUGCACAAAUCUUCGAUGCCAGAGACGGUCGCAAAGUCUGCGAGCUUCUCGAUGAGAACGUCCAAGACAAGGACGGAGAUUUGUACAUUCGCUCCGUUUGCUUUUCGCCUGAUGGCAAGCUGUUGGCUACAGGUGCCGAGGAUAAGAAGAUUAGAGUCUGGGACAUUGAAAGCAAACGCAUUCGUACCAUCUUCGAUGGACACGAACAAGACAUCUAUUCACUCGAUUUCUCCCGUACUGGUAGGCUGAUUGCCUCCGGUUCAGGCGAUAAGACAGUCCGACUUUGGGAUAUCGAGUCCAACCAACAAGUUAUGGUCUUGUCGAUCGAAGACGGUGUCACUACUGUGGCAAUGUCGCCCGAUGGCCGCUUUGUCGCCGCCGGCUCGUUGGACAAGAGCGUUCGAGUCUGGGAUUGCUCUAGUGGAUAUCUCAUUGAACGUUUGGAGGGCCCGCAGGGUCACAAAGACAGUGUCUACUCCGUCGCCUUCUCUCCCAGUGGACGAGAACUGGUCAGCGGCAGUCUGGAUAAGACCAUCAAGAUGUGGGAGCUCACGCCUCAACGAGGUUUGAUUCCGUCCGCAUCCAACGGCAAGGACGGAAAAUGUAUUCGAACCUUUGAAGGGCACAAGGACUAUGUCCUUUCAGUCUGCCUCACACCUGGUGGCGAAUGGGUCAUGUCUGGAUCCAAAGACCGUGGAGUGCAAUUCUGGGAUCCUAAUACUGGCAAUGCCCAGAUGAUGCUUCAAGGGCACAAAAACUCGGUCAUCUCAGUGGCCCCUUGCCCAACUGGACAUCUUUUCGCCACCGGUUCAGGAGACAUGAAGGCCCGCAUCUGGCAGUACACUACCUGGCGUGGAGCCCAUCCAGGAGGCAUAUAGGACAAUGCCAGUCAGGACGAAACCGACGGAAGAAUGGCUUCGGGCGUACUUCCAGACGAUGUUUGUGAGCUUAUGUAGGCCUUGUUGCUCGCCGAUGUUUUGAACUAAGUUGUUCCUGGUGACCGUCGACACCAGCGGGAAGAGAUCUCGGCACUCAUGGCACGAUCGUCAUAGUUUGGGACAGUUGGGCUUUUCAGGCCAUGUAUGUUGGGGGCGUGGGAGGAGUGCAUUAGUGGGAAUGAGAAUAAGGUGUAUCGGGAGGUGGGCGUUCUGUGCAGUAUGUUUGGCGAGCAACCAGGCCAAAGAUGGCACCAACGAGGUCUUUUCUUUGGGCAAUCCUUCGAACGGAUAGUGUGUUCGUGUCAUGGGGCAUUCUUAGGACUAAAAUGAAUGGGGAGGAAAUUGAUAAAAUCAUAUUCAGGCUCCUGACUUGGCUGGUACAUCAAUUCAAGCACAAGCUUCACAGCCGCUGCC